UUAAGUUCGAUGAAAGAAGUAAAUGAAACCGUGAAGACGAUCAGCAAAGCAUUUGGAAAAUCUGACGUUAAAGGAACCUUAAAAAUCAAACCAUUAUCUGAUGGAUUAAAAGAAUUCAUUAAUGAACAUGUGGAAACCGGUGAUGCUGCAUUACUAGCUUACAAUAAA